UUUGGGAGUAUUGAUUAACAAGCCUGGUUCUUAUCAAGGAAAUUUAAGGUUAAGGAAUGAUACCACAGAUGGUUUUAUUAGUGAAGUUUUUCAAAAAGAAGUAUUUUUUUAUGAAGAUAUCCAAAAAGAUUUAACUAAUCCUCAAUUAAAGUUAACGGCUCCUGUUAAUCAUGCUGUUUAUCCAAUUUCGGAUGCUUCGAUUUCUGUUGGAGAUGAAAAAUUAGAAAUGAUGGGGAAGUCCAAGAAAGUUUUAAAAGUGCUUGUAGUUGCUCCUUUACUCACUAUCACAAUAAUGCCCCUAAUACUACUAAAACGGGCUGAUGUUGGGGUUGCACUUAUGAUGAUUUGGCUAAGAUUUACUCCCCAAAAAGAUUGUCAGUUUGUUUAUUGUUUAGAAGUAGGGGCUACUCCGACCAGUCGGCAAUUACAAGGAGGAACCACUUAUAAUUUUACUUUUACCAGCACGGAUAUUUUAAUUUCUUGGACGGUCUAUAAAAGGGAUACAGAAAAGGUGGAUAUUCCUGGUAUUGACCCUGAUAACGAUUUUCAAGACCUUCCCCAGCACAAAUAUAAAAAGCAAAGAGGAUUUUCUAACAGGUUAGCCAAACAUUUGCUUCCUAAACAAAACAUUAGGAUUAGAUUUGUUAAAGAAUUAGGAGAAGGAAAAAGUAAGUCUAAUCCUAAUCCUGAGAAAAAGUUUCCCAAAACUAUUACUCAUGAGUUAGCCCAUGCUUCGGAUAAAGUUCGUUCUCAUCCUGAUUUUAAUCCUUACUCUACGGAGUUUCAAUGA